AUGGAAAAGCUUUUUGUUCUGAAAAUGUGGUUGAAAGUGCUUGGAAUAAUCUGUUGGCUGAACUUAAUUAUGUUACCAUGUGAAAGUGCUGGAAUAUCAGAUAUUUUCAGGAACAUUGCUAAUCCAUUCAGUGUCAGCAGUAGUCCUAAUGACAGAGCACGAUGUGAGUCAUUUAUCAAAUUUACAAGAUAA